CAAACCUAGGCGAACAAGAUGGACGACUCCUUUGCUCACCACAUUGCCGUAGACCGGCUGUCCGACUGGAUAUUUCAAUCCAGGCGACUUGCAGAGCCAAUGGGAAAUACUCUACCAAUUUCAUACGGAGGGUACACGAUAGCCCUAGCUAUUAACGCUGCCGCAAAGACGGUGCCUGGUGGUUUCCGUCUCUACUCGGCAAUGGGGAAUUACCUUGGUCCUGCUAGCACCAAACGGAAAGUGACACUCACAGUGUUCUCAUCUAGAAGUACAAAAACUUUUCAGACACGAAGAGUGCAGGUCUCACAAAUAACGGGCGAUGGCAGUAAUUCAACCCGGAUUUGUCUUGAGCUUCUGGCUGAUUUCCAAAAGGCAGAGCCUGAAUUGCUGAAUUUUUCUACCCCACCGAAGAUCAAGUAUAGUCAUUGGAAGAACUGCCUACCCAUCGAUGACUUGAAGAUACAGAUGAUAAAAACUGGUAGAAUAAGUUCUGCGCAGGCCAAGGCAUUCGACAAGAUGUUUGGGCUACUACAACGGCUCUUCAAUGUUCGAUUAUGUCCUGAAAGUAUCGCUGGACAGACUCUUAUGGGCAUCGGAAAAGAUAUUCAAACGACACAGGACCAUCUUCCCAUCACAGAGAAGACUAGCUCCCAGUGGUUUCAACCAAGACAACCCGUGAAUGAAGAAUCAGAUCAUGUAGCCGGUCUUGCUUUUAUGCUUGACGGCGCGCUCUCAUUUCUUCCUCUAAUUCACAACCAUAUGUUCCUAAAUGACGUAUCCGCGUGUUCUAGCUUAGAUUUCGCGUUUCGGAUCUUCUCUCCCAAUGUUAACCUCAACAAUUGGCACUUGCGAGAGAAUGUUACACACGUGGGAGCUCACGGACGCACGUAUUCCGAGAGCCGGGUUUGGGAUGAAAGCGGCAAUAUGGUGGCUUCUAUGACCCAGCAGUCGAUUCUGCGACCGCACCAGGUUCAGAAACUAUAA